GAAACCCUCUCCUACCACACCAUCAUUCCAGUCACAACACGCACAAUGUCUUCAUCACCACGAUUCCAGUCCGACGAUGUCGACGCUUCGGUCUUGGGCAAGCCGCUCAAGUUCGAAUUCAGUGGGAAGACUGCUCCGAACCGGUUCCUCAAGGGUGCGAUGACCGAGAGAAUCUCUUCAUGGGACCCCAAGAACUUUGAGGCUCGUGGCAUUCCAUCGAAGAACCUGGUCAAUGUCUACAAGCGUUGGGGCGAGGGCGGACUCGGUCUCAUCCUUAGCGGAAACAUCAUGAUCGAAUAUGACCAUUUGGAGGCAGCCGGCAACCCCAUCAUUCCCCGAGACGCACCAUACGAAGGCGAGCGAUUCGAGCGAUUCAAGGAAAUGGCAACUGAGGGCAAAAAGCACGGAAUGCUGAUGGUGGGACAAGUUUCACACCCAGGCAGACAAGUCGAGGAACGAAUCCAGAAGAACCCUGUCUCAGCGAGCGACGUUCAGUUGGAAGGCGAGAUCAUGGGCAUGCACUUUGCCAAGCCACACGCUGCCACCGAGGAAGAGCUCAAAGGUUUCGUUGAGGGAUGGGCACACGCUGCGGAGUACCUCGAGAAGGGUGGAUGGGACGGCAUUCAGUUGCACGGCGCUCACGGCUACCUCCUCGCACAAUUCCUCUCACCGACCACAAACAAGCGGACGGACAAGUACGGCGGCUCGCUCGAGAACCGUGCUCGCCUGAUUCUCGAGAUUGCACAGGAGAUCCGCAAGCGUACCAAGCCCGACUUCAUCGUCGGCAUCAAGUUGAACUCGGUCGAGUUUCAGGACAAGGGCUUCAACACUGAAGAGGCCAAGGAGCUCUGUUCGCUGCUUGAGCAGAACAAGUUCGACUUUGUCGAGUUGUCGGGUGGAACUUAUGAGAAGCUCGCUUUCGCUCACCAGCGCGAGAGCACGAAGAAGCGUGAGGCGUUCUUCCUCGAGUUCGCGGAGACAAUCGCGCCGGUGCUUACCAAGACGAAGACAUACGUGACUGGUGGUCUCAAGACUGUCGGUGCUAUGGUCAGCGCUCUCGACGUGGUCAACGGAGUUGGUCUUGCGCGACCUGUAUGCCAGGAGCCACACCUUUGCAAGGACAUUCUUGAUGGGAAAGUCAAGGGCGCGAUCCUGCAAAAGCUGGACCAGGAUAACUUUGGCCUGACGAACGUUGCGGCUGGAACACAGAUCCGACAAGUCGGCAAGGACCAGGAGCCCAUCGACCUGUCGCAAGACGACAACGUUGAUGCUUUCAUGAAAGAUAUGGGAUCGUGGGGCGAGAAGAUGGCGAAGGAUAGUGCGAUGCAGAACUAUGGCUAUGUCGACAUCGCGAGCGCUGCUGCGGUUCCAUACGGCACUGCUUCGGCUUGA